UCCGAGGAAACCUGCCCCUUCUAGCUGCCUGGCUCUCCCCUUUAAAAGGCGACUUGACCCGCUCAGAACCCAAGCUCCAGCCUACUCCCGCCUCCGGCUCCGGGUCCGUCCGUCUGUCCUCUCCCGACCGUGCCCGGUAGUUCCCGCGGAGGAACAAACUCAGAUGGAGAGCAAAGCGCUGCUCCUGGUGGCUCUGGGCGUCUGGCUCCAGAGUCUGACCGCCUCCCGCGGAGGGGUGGCCGCCGCCAAUAAUAUAGGAGGAAAAGACUUUACAGACAUUGAAAGUAAAUUUGCUCUAAGGACCCCUGAGGACACAGCUGAGGACACGUGCCACAUCAUUCCUGGAGUGACCGAAUCUGUGGCUAACUGCCAUUUCAACCACAGCAGCAAAACCUUCGUGGUGAUCCACGGCUGGACGGUGACGGGAAUGUACGAGAGCUGGGUGCCCAAACUUGUGGCUGCCCUGUACAAGAGGGAGCCGGACUCCAACGUCAUCGUGGUGGACUGGCUGUCGCGGGCCCAGCAGCACUACCCGGUGUCUGCGGGCUACACCAAGCUGGUGGGGAAGGAUGUGGCCACGUUUAUCGACUGGAUGGUGGAGGAAUUUAACUACCCUGUGGAUAAUGUCCAUCUCUUGGGAUACAGCCUGGGGGCCCACGCUGCUGGCAUUGCAGGAAGUCUGACCAAUAAGAAGGUCAACAGAAUUACAGGCCUAGAUCCCGCCGGACCUAACUUUGAAUACGCAGAAGCUCCAAGUCGCCUUUCUCCCGAUGAUGCGGAUUUUGUAGACGUCUUACACACAUUCACCAGAGGGUCACCUGGCCGAAGUAUCGGAAUCCAGAAACCAGUAGGGCAUGUUGACAUUUACCCGAAUGGAGGCACUUUUCAACCAGGCUGUAACAUUGGGGAAGCUAUCCGUGUGAUUGCAGAGAGAGGCCUCGGAGAUGUGGACCAGCUGGUGAAGUGCUCCCAUGAGCGCUCCAUUCAUCUCUUCAUUGACUCGCUGCUGAAUGAGGAAAACCCCAGUAAGGCCUACCGGUGCAAUUCAAAGGAAGCCUUUGAGAAAGGGCUCUGCCUGAGUUGCAGAAAGAACCGUUGCAACAACGUGGGCUAUGAGAUCAAUAAGGUCAGAGCCAAGAGAAGCAGCAAAAUGUACCUGAAGACUCGUUCUCAAAUGCCUUACAAAGUCUUCCAUUACCAAGUAAAGAUACAUUUCUCUGGGACUGAGAGUGACACACAGACCAACCAGGCCUUCGAAAUCUCUCUGUAUGGCACCGUGGCCGAGAGUGAGAACAUUCCCUUCACCCUGCCUGAAAUUUCCACCAAUAAGACGUACUCCUUCCUCAUUUACACGGAGGUGGACAUCGGAGAACUGCUGAUGUUGAAACUCAAAUGGAAUAGCGACUCCUACUUCAGCUGGUCCGACUGGUGGAGCAGCCCUGGCUUUGCCAUUGAGAAGAUCAGAGUGAAAGCAGGAGAGACUCAAAAGAAGGUGAUCUUCUGUUCCAGGGAGAAAGUGUCUCGUCUGCAGAAAGGAAAGACAUCUGUGGUAUUUGUGAAAUGCCACGACAAGUCUCUGAAUAAAAAGUCUGACUGAAUCUGCAGAAGGAAGAACAGCACAUGAAUUCUGUGAAGAAUGAAGUAACUUUUACAAGAGAUGCCCAGAGCUUUGGGUGGUUAAAAGUGAAAUUUCCUGAGUAUUAAUCCCAGCUAUCCUUGUUAGUUAUCUUAAGAGACAGUCUCAAAUAAUAAAAAGUGGCUAAUUUAAUUUGAGGAGUACAGUGGCCAAAUAGCACACCUUGACACAUUAAAAAACAAAACAAAAAACCCCCAGCAGAUAGGAAAAGCACUGCAUUUUGUCCUUUGAGAAAGGAAUAAGAAUUUUUUGGGGCUUGUGGUAAAAUAAUAAACUUCUUUAUGUAGUGAUAUUAGCCAUAGCCUACAAUUGAUUAGAACCUCAUAUUUUAGUUGGAACUCUGCAUUUUCGGGAUCCAUACAUUCUCAAAGUUUACUCCAAGCCUGAGUAGAAAAUAAUUUUUUAUGGCCUGAGUGCGACUUAUUUCCUUACUCGUCAAACACCUGCCUUUUUUGGGAAUGGCUGCCCUCUUGCCAUUGGUUGCAGCCCAGGAGUUAACCAGGAACCAGCGACUGGAGGGAGGAGUGGAGAAUGGAGUUGACUGAACCUUUAACACUUCCUGUGGUUGGUUGCAUCAUAACUGUUACAAAUUAAAGGAGAUAUAAAAUUUAGAACAAUUAAGUCUUAAAAGGCUUUACAGUUUAUUGCUUAAUCUCUCCCCUCCUUUUCUAGCUUUGUCUCCAAGUUAUAUUUUAACAGUGUUCCCUGAGUAGGUGUUAAAAUGAGCCUGUCGCACUUAGCUGACACAUCAUUUUCACUACGGAGAAGGAAAAUGAUCCCAUAAUUUUAGCAUCAGGUUUCCAAACUAUAUUCACCGAUGUGAAGUUGUUUAAUAUCCAAUGGUUUCUAUUCGGCUUUAGGCUUAUCUCGGCCCUUCUUCAGCCAUACUUUGAGUAGGACUCUUUCUUCCCUGGCUUUGAGAAGAAAAUGUGUCCCACGUCAAAAUUCUGCAUCACUCAAACGUCUACACAUUUUAGACCAGGACCACGUUUACUAAGUAGAGAGAUGGAAAAGUCACCGGGACAUAUUCACAAACAGUGCUUAAAACCAUCGGGCGUGAUGAAAAGAAUCCUCAAUGGCCACGGCCACAUGAAAUGUCAUGAGAAUUGUUUUUAACAACUAGUCAGGAGUGAGUGAGCAAUUAUUUAUAAAAUAGAUCUCCUGCGUUCAGAAUGCUUUUCUAUCUAUUAAUAUAAAAUGAAGUCAAAUAUCUCAGAGGCUAUUGCUGGGAAUCUAAACUGUGAACACGUGCGGGCACUUGAACACAUGCAUACUCACAUAUGAAGCACCGUGUACGUUACUUAUGCAGUGCGGCUCGGAAGGUGAAUGAUCACAAGAUGUAUUGGGGUUUGUUGGCUUAGAAAUGGUUCCGGAGUUCCAUAACUCUGCCCUUCAUCUGAGAAAUAUGGUUGUACAGAGUAGGACGAAUGUUGUGAUUGGUAUCAGCCGGUUUGGCGUGAAUUCUCUCUAAAAAUAAAUGUUGCGUGAUUCGUGGUUGGCAUCCCCCUUUAUUGUAAUUCAUUAAUUUUCUGGAUUUGAGUGCAUAAACUUAAGAACAUCUGAAUCAAAUCGGUGCAUGGCCCUGGGAACUCUGGCUUCUGUGGACUUCACUAUAUAUUAUAUAUUAACAAUG